UGGUUCCGCCCGCAGGUUAAAGGUCACCGUCCAACAUGGCGGCCAUGUGUGCAGAUUUGGGCCGGUGAAGUAAGAAGGCUUUGGCAUCACACAGAGAUGGCAGAGGAGGUUGCCCCCGGCGAUAAGGCCUUGGUUGCCCCUGGCAACAAGGAGGUGGUACGGAGGGUGGAGCUGACACAAGCAGAGCUGAUCAGACUCCAGUACCAGGCCUUGCAGCAGUUUCCUAAGGAGAAAAGGUGGCCCUUUACGUCCGGAGUCACGACAGUCGGAGUGAACGCCGGGUUUGUCGGACUCAUCGCAAACAGCAUGUUCCGGCGGGUGCUGCAGGUGACGCAGGCCCGCGUGCUGUCCGCCCUCCCGAUGUUCCUCAUCCCCGCGGUAACCGCCAGCGCCGCAUGGCAGGCCUUCGUGGCGCAGUCCAUGCUCGCGGGUGGGUACCUCUCUCCCAGAUACUACACCGCAGUCCUGCCCAAAGGGAACGACUUCUGGGAGUUCUGGUUGAAGACGAGCCGCCCGGUCGUGUGGCGAAUGUUACCGGCCCUGCUGCUGCAGGCGGCCUGGGGGGCCAUGCUCGCCUCCAAGGAGUUCGACUUGUACUUACAGAUCAGCAAACACGGAUUCAUCGUCUUGGAGGACGGACAGACUUUGUCGAAGGAUUCUUAGCGGAUAUUUGAGAGAUGUCACGUCCAGUUAGACACAUCACAAGCAGUUUUUUCAUGUUAAACCUAAUUAUUGUGGGUAUGAUUAAAAAUUAGAAAUAGUCAGAGUUGUGCUAGAACAAGUUUGUAAUUCAAUAGCACUGUUAGAAUAUAUACAGAGAAGGCCUUUAAGUCUGAGGUAGUAACAUUAUACUACAAGAAAGCCAAUAGAACAAGAGCUAUUCUUCCACUGGCCGUGACAGAGACAACUAUUUACAGUACAUGUAUUUACAGGUUCAUUGUGCCUGGAAAAAUUCCCCUAGCUCUUUUGGACAGGUACAAGGAACAGUGGACAAUGGCUUAAUGUCCAGUCCUAUGGGCUGUAAUUAACCCUUUUUGGUAGCGUGCUUGUCGGGUGAGCAACACAGCCAGGAAUCAAACUCAAGGCUUCUGGUUCCAAAGGCAGGGCCGCUAACCACAGGACUAUGCAUGCAACUGUCAACAAAGUGGAAAUGAAUAAAGGUAGAGGUGUGUAUAAUGUUGUUCGAUGUUGAGUUCAGUAAUAGAAUUGUUAUUGUUAUAUGAGAAGAAAAUCUUAAUAUCUCAACUCUUGUCAGAUGAAGGCAGCAAGAAUUAUGGAACCCAGAGGUUUGUGAGAUAGAUACUUUAUUAGCAAAAAAUUUUGGAUAUUUAGUAAAGGUACAAAUGUUGCACCAUUUCUUUAUUUUUAAAUAGUCUACCUAGUUUAAAACAUGUCUAGUCGCUAAAGUUGUCUUUCUUUUAGAUGUAAACAUCUCUUAAAAUUCCAGCAACUUAUUUU